AUGGCGACGGACGUGAGCUCGCCGCAGCGCUUCUUCCACAUGCCGCGCUUCCAGCACCAGGCGCCAAGGCAGGUGUUCUACAAGCGACCUGACUUUGCUCAGCAGCAGGCCAUGCAGCAGCUCACCUUUGACGGAAAGCGCAUGCGCAAGGCUGUGAACCGCAAGACCAUCGACUAUAACCCGUCCGUCAUCAGAUACCUGCAGAAUCGUCAGUGGCAGCGAGAUCAUCGUGACCUGCGAGCCAUCCAGCCGGACGCCGGUUGCUACAAUGACUUGGUUCCCCCUAUAGGAAUGCUGAACAAUCCAAUGAACGCCGUCACAACUAAAUUUGUGCGCACAUCCACCAACAAAGUCAAAUGUCCCGUCUUUGUCAUCCGGUGGACUCCAGAAGGCCGUCGGCUGGUGACGGGAGCCUCCAGUGGCGAAUUUACAUUGUGGAAUGGCCUGACGUUCAACUUUGAGACCAUCUUACAGGCCCAUGACAGUCCGGUCCGAGCCAUGACGUGGUCUCACAACGACAUGUGGAUGCUGACUGCGGACCACGGCGGCUACGUCAAGUACUGGCAAUCCAACAUGAACAACGUCAAGAUGUUCCAGGCGCACAAGGAGGCCGUGAGAGAAGCCAGUUUCUCGCCCACCGAUAGUAAGUUCGCCACCUGCUCGGACGAUGGCACCGUCCGGAUUUGGGACUUCCAGCGCUGCCACGAGGAGCGCAUCCUUCGAGGUCACGGGGCCGACGUCAAGUGUGUGGACUGGCACCCGACCAAAGGGCUAGUGGUGUCCGGCAGCAAAGACAGUCAGCAGCCUAUCAAAUUCUGGGACCCAAAGACAGGACAAAGUCUGGCAACCCUGCACGCCCACAAAAAUACGGUGAUGGAGGUGAAGUGGAACUCCAACGGCAAUUGGCUGCUGACGGCGUCGCGAGACCACCUCUGCAAACUCUUCGACAUCCGCAACAUGAAGGAUGAGCUGCAGGUCUUCCGAGGGCACAAGAAAGAAGCCACAGCCGUGGCCUGGCACCCCAUCCACGAAGGUCUGUUUGCCAGUGGAGGUUCCGAUGGCUCUUUGCUCUUCUGGAACGCCGGGGUCGAGAAGGAAGUGGGAGGCAUGGAGAUGGCUCAUGAGGGCAUGAUCUGGAGCUUGGCCUGGCACCCCCUCGGUCACAUCCUCUGCUCGGGCUCUAACGACCAUACAAGCAAAUUCUGGACUAGGAAUCGUCCCGGUGAUAAAAUGAGGGACCGCUACAACCUGAACCUUCUCCCCGGAAUGUCGGAGGAUGGCAUGGAGUAUGACGACAUGGAGCCUAACAGCAUUGCCGCCAUUCCCGGAAUGGGCAUUCCCGAGCAGCUGAAGAUGGCCAUGGAGCAGGAGCAGACUCAUAAGGAAGCUGCACAGGAUGAGAUGUCCAUCCCGGGCUUGGACUGGGGCAUGGACGAGGUGAUGACCAAGGACAACAAGAGGGUCCCCCAGAAGAAAGUCCCCUAUGCCAAACCCAUCCCGCAACAGUUCCAACAGGCUUGGGCGGAGAAUAAAGUUCCCACGAUGCCCUCUUCUGGGGACGGCCACAAAGAGCGCAAGGCGGAGCCCAAAGGGGAUAUGAAAAAGCGAAAUCAGGCAGAGUUUGAGCAGGAAAUGGCAGCGUUGCAAUACACCAACCCUAAGUUGCUGGAGAUGGACCGCAUGGAUCGUAUGAACCCCAGUAGUGCUGAUGGCACCCAGCAGGGAGUGGGCCCUGCACCGCCCUUCCCAGGACCCCCGGGACAGCAGAAUUUUCCUCCUCCGCAACCCAACAAUAUGGGCCCCCCACCCAUGGGGCCUUCCUUCAUGCCCUCCGGGCACGCUCAGGGCAUGAUGCCCCCCCCUGACAUGCAGAGACACCCUGCCCCCUCCAGGACCAUGGGCGUUCAGGGACCUCACAACAUGGGGCCCGGUCCCAGAGGAAUGCCGGCUCCACAUACGGGGAUGAUGGGCCCUCCUCCCCCGAGAGGAAUUGGGCCACGGGACCUACAAGGGCCGCCGCCUCCUCCUCAGGGGGGUAUGAUGCCGCCUCAAGGAAAUAUGAUGGGACCUCAGGGGGGAAUGAUGGGCCCGCCGCCCAGGACGCAUAAUAAUAAUUUUGGAAUGGGGGGAAUGCACGGGCCUCCGGGUAAUAUGCAGGGGCCCCCCUUCAUACAGCACCAGGCACAGAACCCUGGGGCCCCCAUACACGGCAGGGGCCAGCAGGGUCCCAACAAAGAGCCCCGCGGGCCAGCUCCCAAUCACCACAUAAGCCCUCCUGACCACCAAGGCACGGGGGGGCACGAGCACUUCUGGGGGGACAACCAGCACACAUCACAGGACUUUAACACGAGUCAGGAGUUCCACGGGCGAGGGGACGAGAACUGGAGACCCGGUUUCCCAGGUGGGGGAGGACCCCGGGGCGGGAUGGGGCCCCGAGGAGGUGGGGCUCCGCCGGCAGGGGUCCCCAGCUGGGGAUCUGAAGACAGACCCCUCCGAGAUGCAGGAGAGUUCAGGGGACGGCGAGAUGAUAGGUUCCGAGGGGGACCGGGCCGGCCAGGCGGUCGGGGCUUCCCCGAAGAAUACGCAGGCCAGGAGGAGGGCUUCGAUACCCCCGAGGAUGUAAGGGGCUGGGACGGCGGGGGAAGGGGCCGGCCGCGAGGCGAAGGGCCCCCCAGAGGUGGUCAUGACGGCUAUCGUGACGGGCCCCCGCUACACGACGGGACAUCCACAGCAGGCCGUGAGCGCUCACUUUCCCUGCAAGGGAUGGACAUGGCAUCUCUACCGCCACGGAAAAGGCCUUGGCAGGACGGCCCAGGGACCGCCGACCACAGAGAACGAGAUGCAUCGGGCGCCGAAGCCGGUCGACCUCCUCCUCGGGACGACGGCGGUUACGGACCACCUGGACGCGGCGCACGGGGUGGCUGGGGGCCUGGUCUCAGUAGAGGGGGGCCCCCCAUGCGGGGCGUGGCAAGGGGUGGUGGCCGUGGAUGGUAG